AUUGUUGUGGACUGUAGCCAGUUCAGUACCCCACAAAGAUGAGAGGACUCGUGUUGGCCACCGUUUUAUGUUUGGCCAACAAUGUUGGCGUGUUGGACGGAUAUGUCGUAGGGGCUGGUUUGAACGUGCGUUUCGGUCAAAUGCUGUACACGGACAGUAAGUACCAAGUUCUUCGUGAGGAGAUGGUGAAAGCCAACACCAGAAACCUGGUGUACCACUGCAGAGCUGACAAGAGCGAUUGCGAUGCCGCACUAGCAAAAAUGAGGUACAAAGCUAGCAAACAUUUCUACGCACUAUCGAAGGCUGUUGUCGACUACGUGAAGAACAAACGUCAGGCCAGACCCACCGGAUAUGUCGGAACUGCAACGUUCUGUCAAGACAAUAUUUGCGUACCCGAUACCGACCCACCCAUCGUGUUCGGAGGCUGCUUCACCCUGGUCUCCUGUGGAGGCAACCAGACGUGGCACUUGGACCCCAUCGUGUACAAAAAGAAAAAGGGACGAUUUAUGUAGUAUA